CUCUUCUUGCAGGUAAACAAGUCGGACGACACAGCCGAGCAUCUCCUGGAGCUGGGCUGGGUGACCAUGAACAACCUGCUGCCCAACGCCGUCUACAAGGUAGUCCUGCGGCCCCAGAGUGCCUGCCAGUCGGGACGUCAGCUGGCCCUGCGCAUUUUCAGCAAGGUCCGCCCGCCUGUGGGCGGCAUUUCCAUCAAGGAGCACUUUGAGGUCAACGUGGUGCCGCUGACCAUCCAGCUGACCCACCAGUUCUUCCAACGCAUGAUGGGGUUCUUCUUCCCCGGACGCAACGUGGAGGAGGAGGAAGUGGGCGACGAAGAGGACAAGUCCAAGCUGGUGACCACGGGUGA